AUGGAGUCUCAAGUUGAAAAGCUGGAAACUAGUGUUCACAUUAAGGCCUCUGCUGUGCAGUUCCAUGAUGUUGUCUGCAACAGGACACACCAUCUUAGAAAUAUUUGCCCUGAAAAAGUACAGGGUGUUGAAAUUCUUGAAGGUGAAUGGGGCACUGAGGGAUCCAUCAUAUUCUGGAAUUAUGUUAUUGAUGGAAAAGCUUGUGUGGCUAAGGAGGCGGUUGAAGCCAUAGACAAAGGAAACAAUAAAACCACAUUCAAAGUGUUGGAAGGAGAUCUGCUGCAGCAUUACAAGAGCUUCAAUUUCAUAAUUCAAGUUAUUCCACAGAAAGAGGGUAGCAUGGUGCACUGGACCAUGGAAUAUGAGAAGCUAAAAGACCACUUCCCUGACCCUCACUCCUUAUUGCAGUGGGCAAUUGAGCUCAUCAGAGACAUUGAUGCUCAUCUUAUUACCCAGGACCAGAAAUAG